AUGGGGUAUGUUAUGCAUAUACUUAGGUAUAAAGAUGAUUCUAUUACAUUAGAAGGUAAUAAAAUCAUCGGAUACAAGGGAUGGAUCACUUGUUUGGCCAAUUUGGCUGCACAACAUGGCAAUUGGUACUUUGAAGUCCACUUUCACACUCAAUUCAAGGAGCUCCAAUUCAUAGGCAAUCCACUCGCUGAUAUACCAAAGCCAGCACUAAGGGUGGGAUGGGCUUGUAGAUACCAGAGAUAUGAUACUCCUUUAGGGAUUAAUAAUUUCAGUAUUGGUUAUUCCAGCGUCGAUGGCAGUUGUGUAAGGGUUAUCAGGGAUUCUUAUGCCAUCCCUUACAACCCAGGAGAUAUCGUAGGUUGUUACCUUCAUAUACCUAAUAAUGUAUCACUCCUGCCGGACCCUAGAAAUGAUCACAAAUUGUACGAAUUUUUGCAAGGUGGCAUGCUGUGUGAUCCUCAAUUUCCACCAGACGCUGAAGUAAUUCCAGAAUCAUAUGUGAAAUUUUCAGUUAAUGGAGUUGACCAAGGACUGGCUACACACGAUCUGCUAAAUGGAUGUUAUCAUCCAGCCAUUUCACUUUUUAUGGGCGCUAUCGCAACUUUCAAUUUUGGUCCAAAUUUUAAGUAUGAUCCGGGGCCCGAAUUUUUACCAUGUGCCAACAUGAAACCGCCAGAGAUACCAUAG